AUGCCGGCCGAGAAAGACCCUUGGAAACGCUCACUAUUUUCCCCUUCCCCCGUCCCCUCCUACUUCUCAGACGAUGAAGACCUGCCUCGCGAUGGCGCCUUCAUCUCACUCGCCGCCGAGUCUGACCUCGCCAACGAGCUCGAUCUCAGCAGGCGCGAGGACCGCGCAAUCGUGACCAAGACUCCCUUCACCUUGGCAACCUUACGAGCAAAGAAGACGGCUGGGGGCAAGACUCGUUCCAAGAGUGAAGAAUCAAACCGCAUCGGCAACAUCAAGACCGCGGAGGACGCCCUCAAGCCCUCCAAACCGACCCCAGAGAAGGCCGCCAAGGCUGCGCCAAAGAAGGAUGCGUGGAAGAAUAGCACCGCUUGGAGUGACCCGAGUGGUCGAGCUAUCCUUCCCACAAACAAACCGAGGAAGAAAGCUGCUGAUGCUGGUGGUACGGGAGGGAAGGGUAAGGGGAAGAAGGCGACAGCCGCCGAUGAGAGUACUUCGGCCUCUAGCUCGAAGACCAAAGGCAAGGCGGCCAGUGACAAGAUUCAGUUCCGUCGACUUCGUAAGGACAUACACCAGGAAUGUGAGCCUCUAACCAUUCCAGCGGCCGACCUCGCACCCACGUCCGACUUUCCGAUCGUUGCAGGCUUCGAGCGACAGAAGGCGUUACCGAAGAAAACCCCCAAGCCCCCGGCGGCCAAGGUCAAGCCCAAGGCUCAGCAGACCAAGUUAAACUUCUCGUCAAAGCCUCCCGUGGACGUCAACGCGCUGGUCGUCGGUCUGAAUGGCGGUGCUGCCAAGCUCAAGCCCACCGCGAGGAAGCCGAUUCGCGUGUACUCGAGUUCCAGCGACGGCUCAAGUUCAUCCGCGUUCAGCAUUGGCAAGGUCAUCUCUACCCUUCCCCUUGACGACGAAGAUGGAGUAGUGGUGCCCUCCACCCUAUCCCGCACUCAACACACGCCUCCACUCACACGAAGCCACUCGACACCUUCACCGGAAGAGCUUUACCCUGCAGCCGGCCCCGCCACGCCUGCCCCGCGGCUCCGCCGAGAUCCCACAGCCUCCAAGGCUCCUGAUAUUGCCCUUCUCGAAGCAAUGGCGGAGAAAGGCGACAUGGGUCCGAAGUCCGGUUCGAUGUUUAGCCAGUUGAUGCCCUCGCGUCCCGAGGUGUCGUAUGGUGAGUGGGUGCUUGUGUUCUUGAACUGA